GGCUCUGCAGGCAGGAGGUGUUUGAAGAACUAUGUCAGCUCGUCCAAUGAUGUAAAGAAGGAUCCCUUUCGCUUUUAUCCGAUUUUUUACCUCCUAUAGCCUACAGCUGUGAACAUGCACACUGUAACUUAGGCUACCACUGCGGGGAACGUGUGUUCUGGGUUUUUUUUUUUCCUCACGAAUAAUGCAUUGGACCUAAGUGUGGAUUUGUUCCAAGCCUUCCUCGCUGUCCGACAGAACUCAUGAAACCCUCUUCAGAGCGACGGGUUUAUGGACUCGCGUAUUAGCUAAUGAUGUCUAUGGGUUUCAUGCCUGACAGUCUGAAUGCCUCAGAUCCCUCCAAAUCGGCCUUUCUAGAGUUUGGCCACGGACAUCCGGCACACCAGCAGCACUCCCCCGGACUCUCUCACAUUUACCCCGUUCAUGGCUUGCACGCUGCUGGGCAUUCCCAGCACGAAAGUCCUUUUCCUGGCAGCGCGUCCUAUGGCCGCUCUUUGGGCUACGCCUACCCCGGCGCGGUGAACACUCAUCCCCCGUCUGCUUACAUGCCCUACCAGCACAGCAAUCACAGCAACAGCAGCAGUCUGGCCCACAGCAGAUUAGAGCAGACAGAUCGCGAGAGGUCCACGGUGAUUGAGAACAGGGACAUUCGUCUAAAUGGCAAGGGGAAGAAAAUCCGGAAGCCCCGGACCAUCUACUCCAGUCUCCAGCUGCAGGCUCUGCACCAGCGCUUCCAGCAGACCCAGUACCUGGCCUUACCGGAGCGCGCCGACCUGGCGGCCAAACUGGGGCUCACUCAGACUCAGGUGAAAAUAUGGUUUCAGAAUAAGCGCUCUAAGUAUAAAAAGAUCAUGAAGCAUGGCAGCGGAUCAGAGGGAGAACAUCUCCACGGCACCAGCUCCAUCUCCCCCUGCUCGCCCGGGCUGCCCCAGCUUUGGGAGGUUUCCAUGGCGAACAAAGGAGCCUCAAUGCACCCAAACAAUUACAUGAACAGUUUUGGUCACUGGUAUCCAAACCACCAUCCUCAUCAGGACUCGAUGCCCAGGCCUCAGAUGAUGUGAGUGGAUUGUUUUUUGGUGGCGGUGCAGACCAGGUGCUCGGCCUAGUAGAAGCGCACUUCAGGCCACACAGAACUCGCUGGUUUCUCUCACGGCCUCCUCUCAGAACUGAAGUGUGUUUAAACGUGUGUUUAAUAGAAUUUGUUCAUAUUCACUGUAUUUCGUGUGCGUUUGGAAUUUAUAAUUUCACUCCAAAAUUUUACCAGGCAUUAAAUGCUUUUUUUUUAUUUUUUAGAUUUGUUAUAAUGUCGAUGCAACGUCUAUUGCACGGCCUCAUCUCACUGAAAUGUGGAUUUAGUGUGUGCAGUUUACUAAGAGACCCUUGAUAAAGGAACUUUUAAAACAUAUCUUGUGUACUUGGGUCUGCUUUAGUAGAAAUAGAGGUCCAGCUGCAUGGUCCAACAAAAUGAUAUGAGCAUUUUGCAAAUAAAUAGCUGUCGGAGUGAAGUUACUAUGAUUAAUUCCUUGUGUGACACGUUUGUUUAGGUAGCUGCUUCAUCCGUGAAUUGUUUUCACAGUCAAAUAUUUUAAAAAGCAAAUAGAAAAGUGCUGGAUUUUAUUCAUGAAACUGCGAAAGAGCUGCUCGCAGAAGUCCAGAUUAAUGACUCAUGCUGUAAGUCUCUCAUGAACAAAGGCUUUUUAAAAGGCGCUCCUGGUCUGUAGGUGAAACACAGUAGAUCCGGUUUAAUGUACAGAGUUCGUUAACAACAGCUCAGCCGGUGUGAUAAUUCAUAGCUUGGAUAUCAGCUGUCUUUUCGUAAACUCGUGUUUUGUCAAAACACCUGAGGAAAAAAACCUUGGCUGCUUACAUGUUAAUUUUAGUUUUGAUUUCAUUUACUUUCAAAUUAAAGCCAACACAAUCCCCUUACUUUAAAGGAAAAGGUAGUUCCCGGGAUGGUAAACCAAAGGGAUGCGCUUUGGCACCUUUACGCACGGUGGUUGUGUUCAGUCCAACUUUAACGCUCUGGACGUGUAUUUGAAAAGUCAGCUUUGCAACAAAAAGACAGUUUGAUAUUUUAAAGAGUAACACCUUCCAGAUAUCCAGGCGACAUUUAUCUGUUUUCUCCCACACUAUUUUCGUCUGCCUUUAAAGAAGAACGGAGGGACAUCUGAGGCUACAUCCCUCUUUUUUUCCCACCAGAAAGGAGCACAUGCCGUGAGGAGAGGAGGAAAGACAUGCAAGCCAACGCUAUUUUCCUCCUUCUCAAGUGAGCCCAAACUCGUAAACUCGCCGCUGUCAUAAUAAAAUGACAAAUGGCUGUGCUAUCCCUCCAUUAAACUGCGCCUGAUUUACAGUCGUUUGCAUUGAUUUGCCCAUUCUGGCGCUUACACUGUUUAAACACAGAGAAUUAGUUAUUUAUGUCUUUGCAAACACUGUGCCGCAGUCUGGGCUGAUGCUCUUGAUUAAAUAGAGGGCUAAGCUCUGAUUAAUGAAGCUGAAUAGUCAAUGCCUUUAAAAAAAAAAAAACUUUUUUCAUU